AUGCAAAUUGAGGAUGAGCUCGCGAUCGGUCUGCUAUCUAACAAGCCUCAAUACGAGCAUGUCAAGCAGCUGCUUGCGGACGUCGAAGCGAACAAGCUCACCGUAGCCGCCGGAAGCACGAAACCUCUUGCAGAUCAGAAGGGGCCUUUCUUAUCACCAACGAUUAUUGAUAAUCCGCCGGAUGACUCGAGAGUUGUUGUCGAAGAAGCAUUCGGCCUGAUGAUCCCAGUAUUGAAGUGGUCCGAGGAAUCAGAUGCCAUCGAAAUGGUCGACAAUACCAAAUACGGUCUUGGUGCCUCAGUGUGGUCGAGGGCCGACCGGAUUGCUCGCCAGCUCGAAGCGGGGAUGGUGUUUAUCAACACGCACGGAGAAGCGGACCCGCUCAUCCCGGGAGGAGGAUUUAAGGAGAGUGGAAUUGGCGUCUAGUACGGCGUAGAGGGUCUGAAGUGCUAUGGCGAUGUGCAGACUAUAUACAGAAGGUUAAGCAAAUAAGUACAUGAGCAGCUU